AUGAGCAGCAGCAGCAGCAGCAGAAAAUCCCGUCCCAAACGCGACACAAGCGUCGGUUCCUCGUCAUCCUCCUCCAGCAACGAACACCCAACCGCCCCAUUACUCCAUCCAUCAUCAGCUCCCACCCGGGCAAGAUCCAAAUCCCCAUUACCAGCACCCCCCACCCAACAACCACUCCACAUCACCAUCCGCUUCAGCACCUCCCUCCCCGACCUCGAACUCGACAUCCCCUCCCCCUCCACCACCACCGUCAUCGCCCUCAAACACCUAAUCCGCCAACACCUCACCCCCACCACCGGCGCAACCUCCAACCUCCGCUUCAUCCACAACGGCCGCAUCCUCCCCGACACCUCCCCCUUGUCAACAGUGUUCAAGUCCCUCCCCCCACCCCCGCCAUCCCAAUCCCUCCCCGACCCAAAGGGAAAAAGAAAAGAUGCACCAGUACCAGAACGACGCGUCUUCAUCAACUGCUCCAUCGGCCAUGUCCUCUCCCCCGAGGAUUUAGAGACCGAGUCAAAAGCUGCCACCGCUCCCGCUGCAGCAGCGGCACCAACACCAGCUGUACCCGAGGAUGGAGGCGGUAACAGGACAGGGAGGGAACCGAGGGGGUUUGAUAGGUUGGCGGGGAGUCUGACGAGGGAGGAGAUUGUCAACUUGAGGUUGACGUUUAGGGGGUGGCAUGCGGCCAGGUAUACCCCGGAUGAUAUGCCUUCUGCGGAGAGGAUGUUGGAACUGGAAGAUGCGUGGCUUGAUGAUGGGGGGGGCUUCACAGGGCAGGAUGCUGGGGAGGGGGGCGCAAGGCAAGAAGAGGAGGGGGAGGGGUGGGCAGGGAAUGUGGAUUUGCUGGUGAAGGGGAUGGCGAUUGGGUUUAUUUUUCCGAUGGGGGUGGUGGGGUGGUUGUUGAGGGAGGAGGGGUUGUGGUCGAAGAGGAUGGGAGUGUUUGUGAGUUUGGGGGUGCUGUUGGGGGUGGUGGUGGGGUUUGUGAGAGAGUUUCCUGGUCACUAG